AUGAUCAGGAAAGACUCAUUAAUGCCCCCUGACACGCUCAGGAUUGUGCUGCUGGGGAAGACUGGCGUUGGGAAGAGUGCAUCAGGAAACACCAUUCUGGGUAAAGACGUAUUUACUGAAGACUUGUCUGAUGAAUCAGUGACAUGUGUGUGUCAGACAGAGACAGUAGAAGUCUGUGGGAGACAGAUUACUGUGAUUGACACUCCAGGACUGUUUGACACAAGUACUGAUAACGAUGAGAUCAGGAAAGAGAUUAUUAAAUGUAUCCCCAUGGCAGCACCUGGGCCUCAUGUGUUUCUGCUGGUGCUGAGACUAGGACAACGCUUCACACAGGAGGAAAAAGAGGCAGUAAGAAUCAUUGAGAAGACAUUUGGACAGAAAUCUAAAGUGUACACUAUUGUGCUGUUCACUGGAGGUGACUCACUAAACGGAAAGACAGUUGAACAGUACAUGGAUAAGUCUGGGAGAGAGUUAAAGAAGAUUUUAUUAGAGUUUGGUAACAGAUAUCAUGUUUUUAACAACAAAUCUAAAUCCAACUACACUCAGGUCCUGUCUCUUCUGGAUAAAACCGACUCGAUGGUGAAGGUGAACGGAGGAAGCUGCUACUCUAAUGAGAUGUUUCAGGAGGUGGAGGAAGUUCUAGAAGAGGAUAUGGAGAGAAUACUGAAGGGUAGAGAGGAGCAGAUAGAAAGAGAGAAAGAAAAGCUGAAGAAAAAACAUGAAGCUGAAAUGGAAGAAAUGAGGAAAGAGAUGCAGAAACAAAAAGAAAGACAAGAGGCAGAAGAGAGAAGAAAAGAGAAGGAAUUUAAAGAGAGAGAAGAAGAAAUAAAAAGAGAAAUGGCAGAAAGCGAGAAACAGCUAAAAGAAGAUUUCAGGAAGAGAAAAGAAGAAGAUGACUUAAAGAUGAAGGAAUGGAUGCAACAAAUGAACACAGAGAGAGAAGAGAACAGGAAACAGUGGGAGAGACAAAGAGAGGAGGAUAAGAAACAGAGAGAUCAGGAGGAGGAGGGAAGAAAGAGGAGAGAAGAAGAAUGGAAGAAACAACAGAGAGAGGAAGAAGAGAAAUUUAAAAGAGAAAAAGAAGAGAUUAAAAAUAAUAAAGAAGAACAAUUGAAAAAAUUACAAAAGGAGUUUGAACAGAAGGCAGCAGAAGAAGAGAAGAGACGAAAGGAUUUAGAGGAAAAAAUAAAGGAUGCAGAGGAAAGUAAAAAGAAGGAACUACAAGACCUUCAGUUUUCUCAACAACAAGAGUGGGAGAGAAAGAUGAGGGAAGAGGAGGAGAAAAGAAAAGAGGAGCAGAAGAACUGGGAGAAAAGAAUGACAGAUGUGGACGAAAAGUGGAGUUUAGAUCAGAUUAAGAAGCAGAAGAUAUAUGACAAGGAAAGACAGAAAGAAAAGGAGGAAAGAGAGUUUAAAGAAAUGAAAACCAAACUAAGAGAAGAGCAAGAAAAGAAAAGAAUAGAAAAUGGUUACAAUGAGAAGAUAAAAAAGAUGGAAAAACAACUGAAGUUGCAAAGAGAUAAAGAUGAGAGAGAAAGAAAGAAAAAAGAAGAAGAACACAAACAAGAACUGAAAAAGGCUAUACGAAAACAAAAGGAAGAGUUCAGAAAGGAGAAAGAAGAAGUGGAAAGUAAACACAAUGAGGAGACGGAGAGAAAUCUUGCCUUUAUUAGAGAGCAGCACAACAGAGAGCUGGAGAAACUGUUAAGAGAGACAGAAGUAGGAGCCAGGAAACAGGCUGAGGAGGAGUUUAAUGCGAAACUGGAUACAAUAAUUAAAGAGGCAAAAGAAGCAGGAUUUAAAGAGGGCUGUGAAAAAGUAGAGUCAGAAAGAACAAUACCAGAAUGGAGAAAGCGAUGCCGUAGGGGAGGAAGCAUAGCCAACAGAAGCCCCCCUGCCAAGACCACCAAGCUGAACUACUCCUGUUUGGCUCAGGAUAAGGAUGAGGACAUGGAUGGAGGAAGUAAAGAAUCAAAACUGACUUCACGUUUAAAACUAGUCCUGCUGGGCACGGAGGGAGCAAAGGCCUCAAUAUCUAACCUUUUAUUAGAUAAAAAUGCCUUACUGGUACAGACAGAGUUCAGCUUGAUGUGUGUAAAGCAGGGAGAAGUGUGUGGACACGUGAUCACGAUGGUGGAGAUGCCAAAACUCUACAAUACUCACCUCUCAGAAGAGGAAGUGCUGCGUCUGACUCUACACUGUGUCUCUGUCUGUGAUUCUGGAGUCCAUGCUUUCCUCAUCAUCAUUCCAAAAGGUCCUCUCACUGAUGAAUAUAAAGCAGAACUAGAGAUAUUUCAAACAAUAUUUGGCUCAGGGGUUAAUGACCACACCAUAGUCUUCAUCAACCAGCAGUCUCAGAAGGAGCAGGUACACGAGAGUCUUGACUCUGUGAUUAGGGCAUGUGGAGGACGAUAUGGAUUCUACAGCAGCAGAACAGAUGCAGCAGAACUUAUUACACAUGUGACAGAUCUUGUGAAAGAGAACAACAGUCAGCUGUAUACCGUGGACAUGUACACUCAUGCCCAGAUUCAAACACAGCUGAAGUACAAAAAAGAAAAAGAAAAUCUUCAACAGCAAAUGACUGAACUCAAGAUGGGCAAUCAAACUGAAGAUUCAUUAAUGCCGCCUGACACACUCAGAAUUGUGCUUCUGGGGAAGACUGGGGUUGGGAAGAGUGCAUCAGGAAACACCAUUCUGGGUAAAGAAGUAUUUAAUGAAGACAUCUGUGAUGAAUCAGUGACCCGUGUGUGUCAGAAAGAGAUGGCAGAAGUCAGUAGGCGACAGAUUUUUGUUGUCGAAACACCAGGACUGUUCGACACAAAUAUUGAUAAUGAUGAGAUCAGGAAGGAGAUUAUUAACUGCAUCUCUAUGGCAGCACCUGGUCCUCAUGUGUUCCUGCUGGUGCUGAGAAUAGGACAACGCUUCACACAGGAGGAGAGAGAGGCAGUGAGCAUAAUUGAGAAGACAUUUGGUAAAAAAUCUAACAUGUACACCAUUGUGCUCUUCACUGGAGGUGAUAUGCUGAAAGGAAAGACAGAAGAACAGUAUGUUGAAAAGGCUGGGCCAAAUUUAAAGAAGGUUUUAUCAGACUUUGGUAACAGAUAUCAUGUUUUUAACAACACUGAUAAAUCCAGCUACACUCAGGUCCUGUCUCUUCUGGAUAAAAUCGACUCGAUGGUGAAGGUGAAUGGAGGAAGCUGCUACACUAAUGAGAUGUUUCAGGAGGUGGAGGAAGCUCUAGAAGAAGAUAUGGAGAGAAUACUGAAGAGUAGAGAGAAGCAGAUAGAAAGAGAGAAAGAAAAGCUGAAGAAAAAACAUGAAGCUGAAAUGGAAGAAAUGAGAAGAGAGAUGCAGAGACAAAAAGAAAGACAAGAGGCAGAAGAGAGAAGAAAAGAGAAAGAAUUUAAAGAGAGAGAAGAAGAAAUAAAAAGAGAAAUGGCAGAAGGGGAGAAACAGCUAAGAGAAGAUUUCAGGAAGAGAAAAGAAGAAGAUGACUUAAAGAUUGAGGAAUGGAAACAAGAUAUAAUCAGAGAGAGAGAGGAGAACAGGAAACAGUGGGAAAGACAAAGAGAGGAAGAUCAGAAACAGAGAGAUCAGGAGGAGGAGGAAAGAAAGAGGAGAGAAGAAGAAUGGAAGAAACAACAGAGAGAGGAGGAAGAGAAGUUUAAAAGAGAAAAAGAAGAGAUUAAAAAUAAUAAAGAAGAACAAUUGAAAAAAAUACAAAAGGAGUUUGAACAGAAAGCAGCAGAAGAAGAGAAGAGAAGAAGGGAUUUAGAGGAAAAAAUAAAGGAUGCAGAGGAAAGUAAAAAGAAGGAACUACAAGACCUUCAGUUAUCUCAACAACAAGAGUGGGAGAAAAGGAUAAGGGAAGAGGAGGAGAAGAGAAAAGAGGAGCAGAAGAACUGGGAGAAAAUAAUGGCUGAUAUGAAAAAAAAGUGGAGUUCAGAUCAGGUUAGAAAGCAAAAUCAAUAUGACAAGGAAAGACAGAAAGAAGAGAAGGAAAGAGAGUUAAAAGAAAAGAAAAGAAAAGAAAAAGAAGAGCAAGAAAAGAAAAGAACAGAAAAUAGUUUUAAUGAGAAGAUAAGAAAAAUGGAAAAACAAUUGAAGGUACAAAGAGAGGAAGAUGAGAGAGAGCGAAUAAAAAAGGAUGAAGAACACAGACAGGAAAUGGAAGAAAAACUACAUAAACAACAGGAAGAGUUCAGAAAGGAGAAAGAAAAAGAAAAAAGAAAACAAAAUGAGGAGAAAGAAAGAAAUCUUGCCUUCAUUAGAGAUCAGCACAACAGAGAGCUGGUGAAACUGAAGAGAGAGACAGAAGUAGCAGCCAGGAAACAGGCCGAGAAGGAAUUUACUGCUGAACUGAAUAAAAGAGUUAAAGAGGCAAAAGAAGCAGGAUUUAAAGAGGGCUGUGAAGCAGUAGCGUCAGAAAGAACAAGACCGGGUAGAAUUUUAGAUAGAGCUUAUAACUGGGUUUUCCCAAGAAGGAAAAAAGACUGAUUUAAAUUCAUGUGGAAUUUUUACCAAUAAAAUCUCUGUUUGUUGAGUGCAGAGUUAAAUGUACAGUAUGUAUAACUGACCAGUUUCUUGCUUCAGGUAGCCUUGCCUCUAUUUUUAAUCACAUUUCUUUACAUUUUGGUAAUAUAAAAGCAGAUUUUGUAUGUUUUUAUAUCAGUCAUUCUUGAGAAGUAAGACAGAACAUGUCCAUCGCAUAAAGUUG